UCCUGUCAAACCUACACAAAAACUGGCGCCUUAAAUAAAAUAAAAUCUGCUUAAUAAUUUUGUUAUCUUGUAUUUUAGCCAAAUAUUGACAACAUCCUAAAUUUUAAAGGAACAAAAAUAAUAACAAUUUGAAUACUUACGAUUAAUAUUAAGUAACAAGAAAUGAACAUAACCUAUAAUUUCUCUUUGUAAUUAUGUACGGUGCACAAAAAAAAUUGUAUGUAAAAGGAAAAAGAAUAAAAAUAGUGGUAUAUGCUAACUUUAUAUAUUUCUUCAAUAAAACAAAGAGGAUAAAACAAUGGUAGUUUAUACAAAGGACGAGAAUCAAAAAGAUAACUAUAAAAAUAAUGUAUUAUUAGACAUGUACAAUGAUUCAGGUGAAAUAUUGCGAAUAAUAGAUUCAAAUUUCAUCUAUCAAAAUCUUAUAACUCGCAACGAAAAUCUGGAUUUGUACAAUGCGAAACCACUAAUAGAAGAUGUUGAGUCAAAUAACAAACUUCAUUCGCUUAAAAUUCUUGACACACCUAAACAAAAAGCAAACGAUCAGGGGAUGAAUUGGAAUGAAUAUCACAACUUAGACGUUAUCUACGCAUGGAUGGAGAGUUUGGAAUACAAUUAUCCUUCACUCUGCAGCGUUAUACCAAUCGGAAUAACAAUAGAAGGUCGGACGAUGAAAAUAUUGAAGAUCUCCAAUAGCGACGUUCAGAAUGAACCAGUUUGGAUAGACGCCGGUAUCCACGGCAGGGAGUGGAUAGCGCCCGCCGUCAACACUUUCAUUGCUAAUUACAUUGUGCUCAAUUUUAAGAGUCUUCCGUCAUGUUUUACUAAUAAGGACUGGUAUUUUUUGCCAGUUGCAAAUCCUGACGGAUACGAUUAUUCGCACAAAGUAGAUCGCAUGUGGAGGAAAAGUAGAGCGGCGUACGGUGGUGAAAUAACCGGCGUUGAUUUAAAUAGAAAUUUCAGUUUUGGAUGGGGUGGUAGACACUCAUCAACUGAUCCUUCGAGUGCGUUCUUUAGAGGCCGAGAACCAUUUUCAGAGCCGGAAAGCACUGCUAUGAAAGAUAUACUUAUGAAUUCCGGUAUCAAGUUCAAAGUGUACGUUACGUUGCACAGUUUCGGUCAAGUGAUAGUUUUUCCGUUCGGAUAUAGAGAUGAGCUAUGUCCUGACUACAUGAGACUGCUUCAAGGUGCUACUGCUAUGUCUAAGGCUAUAUUUAGAUCUACAGGAAACGUUUAUAAAGUCGGCAUAUCAAGGGACGUGAUGUACGGCGCCUCUGGAACGAGUACUGAUUGGAGUUAUGGUGCAGCGAAAAUACCAUACUGCUAUUUGAUCGAACUAAGAAGCAAAGAACACAAAUUCGAACUACCCAAAGAAGAAAUUAAAGAGAAUUGCAAAGAAGUUUUGCAUUGUAUUCAUGCAUUGAUGGACUUUGUAGACAAAAAUCCUGUUGAUAAUGAAAAUACAAAUUUGAGUCCAGUUCCAAGUUAGGCUAAAAUCAAGAAGAAAAAAACAAAAAAAAUGUAAAAUAUAAAAAGUACUCAAAAUUUUGUACAUAAAGUUUUAACUUAAAACACAGAAAUCACUGUAUGUAAAGUGGACUCAAGAAAUAAAAAAAAACUUUGCAAAGAAGUUAUGAUAUGCAAAAAACAUUAAAAAAAACUUUGUGGACAUCCUUAUUAAGAAAAUAUUCAGAACAAUAAGUUCGAAUUCAAUUUUAUAAGGAAUAAACAAAGAGAAGUAAGAAUUUGUAUGAAAAUUCGAUAUGCAAAGAAUAUUGAUAAUUUCUGAGGACACUAAUAAACUUCAGAUAAAGGCAAGUACAAUGGUAUUUUUGGAUUAAAAAUAUAUGACGAAUAUCGAGAAGAAAAACUGUGUAAAAAAA